CAUCAAUCCAUUAUCGGGUUUGUUUGGACAAAACAAAGUGAUUAGCUUGACCACAACCGCCAAGUUCAGGUGAAGUCAAGCUUGAAGACCUGGAACCUGGUCUCAGUGUCCGCUAACAACAUCCACGACUAUUGAAACGAAUAUCUGAUAUUACGACCGCGCCACGAUUCGCCCCAAAUGGCAAUUAACGAUACAACAACGCUGACGACUCUUCUCUCAUCCACACCAUAUCUCCUCGCCUACUCUCUGCCACUUUUGUUGCUAUCCGUUUUAUCAACAUUUUCUGGGGCGUUCCUCACUCUCGACCGCACCCGCUCGUUUCCUGCCGAAAGGUAUGGCGUUCUCCCUGGCGCCUUUGAAUCCCAGAAGCGUCGCGUGCUCUUUCUUUUGGAAGGUGGUGUAGGUGGUCUUGCGACUGGAUACGCUUUCGGAGUACAUCUGACCACUUUCUUGUCUCUCAUGAUCCCAGCCGUAUCGACUUCAUCCCCGUUGAACUCGAAGACUUUUGUGGCAGUUUGGAUCUUGUCGGCUGCGAUCACCACUCUAUCUGCUGGGAGAUGGCGUUUGGCUGCUCUGGCCUUUGGUGGGAUCGCUGGAGGCGCGCUCUUUGGACUCGCAGUCUCGGUCAUCAUACAUCCUCCUCUCAUCGUGCGGAUUAUCAUUGUCGCCAUAUUAUCAUCCACAUCAGCACUGGUCGCCGUUCUUCCUAUAUCUAGCAUCCAGCCGCACGCAGUCCGGUUCUCGACUUCUGCCAUUGGAGCCUUCGGGCUCGUUGUUUCUAUCGCUUUGCUGGCCCAUAUUCCGAGCUGGGCCAAUGUUUGGGAGCGCUUGUGGGUUGACGACGAUCUUUCUAACACGUGGGGAAGUGGUGCAGAAAAGGGCCUCGCCGCUGCAUUUUGUCUAUUCUUGACUCUCGGUGGAGUUUGUGAUUGGCUGUUGAAACGCCAAUUCGGAGAGUGUCCUGAUGAGAAGUGGGAUGCGUAUCUCGCCAACUACGCUGCGUCCCUUUCCAAUGGCGCCCGACGUGCUGGGACAUUCCAGCCUUUCACUUCGGCGUGGGAUCGCUGGUUUGGUGAUGAACGGCCGGCAGUUCCGGAUCCUGCUUUCCCUCCUGACGACCUUGAUUCUAAAAUGCCUCCGGAGUCGUUCGAAUUCCAGCGCGGCCCUGCUUUCCUCAAGAAGGGCCGUUCCGUCGGACACGCUCGGUUCCAAGCCAAGAUGGGAGGACGGAAGCGUGACGGCAUCAAGUUCAAGCCGUUGGGAGGCGAAUCGUCUGACGAGGACGAUUUGUUGACUUCUCCGCCCGGUAGUCCCAAAAUCCAGCGGCCCUGGCUACGUCAAAAGCUGUCGAUGACAUCUACAGCUGCUACUCUUGUCGAUGAUGUAUCCUCGACCAAGAGCAAGGAUCUGGACUUUGAGAAGGAGAUGGCCCGCGUGCGCAACAAGAAACGGUCCAUGGAUGGACCGGCACCUGAAUACUCUGACUUGGAGGACGAUUUGACCCAGAUUGGGAGCAGCGCCGGCCUCAAGGACAACAAGGAGUGGAGUCCCGGCUUUCUGGCUCGCCACCGUUCUGGUGCAGAGUCGAGUCUUGCCCCCAGCAAUGCUUCUCAAGCGCCGAGCCGCACUUCGCAAGUUGCACCCAGUCCUCAAGCGGUACCGGCCACGCCGUCUUUGAUCAAGGCUCUCGACAGGAUAGCUCUUGCACAGACGGACGCAUUCUCUCCGAAAGGGAGCGAGCGGGCCGUGUCUCCCGUGUCUCCUCACAAAGAAGUGCGCUGGGAUGCGUUCUGGAAAGAUGUGGACAGCAAGGCAACGUAA